AUGCCUGGGUUCAUCGACUUUGCUCGCAAUCAGCAUAGCAAUCUACCAAUUGCAGACGCUCCAAAAUCAAUCGCAAGUGAGACUUAUAUUGUCACGGGAGCUAACACAGGCCUGGGGCUAGAAUGCGUCAAGCAUAUUGUCAAAAACGGUGCUGCACGAGUUAUCCUAGCAGUCCGCUCACGAUCCAAGGGUGAGGCUGCCAAGGCAGCUGUUCGAGAGGUGACGGGCCGAGACGUUUGCGAGGUGUGGGAGCUUGACUAUGCAUCGUUUGACUCGAUUGAGGCAUUCGCCAAGCGACUCGAUACACUCGACCGCAUAGAUGCCCUUAUUCUAAAUGCCGGCCUUGCUAUGUCCCGCCACACGAUGGUGGAGGGCAUGGAGCAGACCUUCCUGGUCAACGUUGUCAGUACGACGCUGUUAGCUGCUCGUGCAAUCCCAAAGCUCCAAGCAUCUGCCCGAAAGUUCAGUACCAAUCCACGUCUCGUAUUUGUCACGAGUAACGCAGCCAUUGACAGCAAAGUCCAUAAAAUUGUGGCAAAGGCAAAUGAUGAUGCUAAUAUAUUCGAUAACCUCGAGGAUCCGAAGAACUUUACCCCUUUCACUACCUAUCCCGCCAGCAAGCUAGUACAAAUGUACGUAGCUCGUCAUUUAGCUUCGCUACUUCCCCUGUCUGACUCAGGUGUCAUCAUCAACAUGACAAGUCCGGGAAUAUUCUUCCAGAUUGGAUUGCAGGAGCCGAAGGGAAAGCUUUGCAAAAGCGCGUCUGGCAGGAUCUAG